AAUUAAAAAAAAUAAUGUUUAAAAAACUUGGUUAAAUCAAGUUUUUAUUCAUCCUCACACUCCACACUUGUACCGCUUCCUCCUGUCUUGUAAGCUUCUCUUCUUCUGCAGGCGCCCACGCACAUUUCACACACCGUACUGAGAAAACAUCACGCGUAAUUGGAGCUUUGAUGUGAUAUUGCGAGAUCAUUACUAAUGUCCACCACAGUAUUCACCACCACCUCCAGCGGAGGCGGAGGAGGGCAGUACAUGAUCGGAAGGAAACAACAGGUUUUUCCGGUGGGGCUUCACGCUGAUUACGAUGAGUACGAGACGAUUUCUCAACGCCUCGUCGACGCUGCUCAUGUCAAUGAUCUCCAGCUAGCUUUGGAGCUCGUUUCUCAUCCAUCUGUUGACGUUAAUUUCAUCGCAACAGUUUGUUUGAAAUCCAGGAAAACUGAGGUUGUGUUGAACGGGGAGUCGGCGAGUGAGGUCCGUAUCGAGUUCGAGGAGUUCAGGACUGACGUCACCGCUCUUUUCCUCGCUGCUCAUAACGGAAAUAUGGCGCUUGUCAGGAAAUUGCUGAAUGUCGGAGCUAAUGUCAACCAAAAAUUGUUCCGAGGGUAUGCAACCACAGCAGCGGUCAGGGAGGGCCACCUUGAGGUGUUGGAGAUGCUCGUGAAUGGUGGGGCUGCUCAAGCUGCAUGCGAGGAAGCCUUGUUGGAGGCAUCCUACCUGGGGCGGGCCAGACCUGCUGAGCUGCUCAUGGGCUCUGAAAUGAUCCGUCCUCAUGUUGCGGUGCAUGCCCUUGUCACUGCAUCCAGCAGGGGGUUUAUUGAUUUUGUCGAAACACUCAUCAAGAACGGAGUGGAAGCCAAUGCAAAUGCCAGGAUACUCCUGCAAUCUUCAAAACCAUCUCUCCACGCCAAUGUCGAUUGUAACGCACUUGUUGCAGCAAUUGUCAGUAGGCAGGUCUCUGUUGUUGACUUGCUGCUAAAGUUGGGAUGCAGAACAGAUACCAAGGCUAGGCUGGGUGCUUGGUCAUGGGAUGUAACUACUGGAGAAGAGUUCAGAGUUGGUGCGGGGUUGGCUGAGCCAUAUCGUGUCAGUUGGUGUGCUGUGGAAUAUUUUGAAUCCAGUGGUCUUAUUUUGCGUAUGCUCCUUAAGCAUCUCUCUCCUAAUAUUCCGCAUCUGGGUAGGGCAAUUAUCCACCAUGCCAUCCUAUGUGGCAAUGCAAGAGCAUUCGAGGUGCUUUUGAGUUGCGGUGCUGAUAUAGAAUUCCCAGUUGAAACAACUAAACAGAUAGACUUCCGCCCAAUUCAUUUAGCCACACGACUUGGGUUGGCUAAAAUUCUUCGUCUCCUGAUAAAUGCUGGCUGCAAUCUCAACUCCAGAACAGGAUCUGGGGAGACUGCACUAAUGAUUUGUGCUAGAUAUAAGCAAGAGGAGUGUCUUAAGCUUCUGGCUUCUGCAGGUGCUGAUUUUGGUUUGACUAAUAUGUCUUCUCAGUGUGCAAUGUCCAUUGCUGGAUCAGUGCGGUGGAUGCUUGGCUUCCAACAAGCAGUUGUGGACGUGAUUCGAGCUGGAAAAAUAGCUCAAUCUAGCAACGCUGAAAUAUUUUCUUCUUUGUUAUUUGUAACUCGAGCAAAUGAUGUCGAGGCCUUAAAGAAACUCAUUGAACAACCAGAUCUGAAUCUCAAUGAAAAAGAUGAGAGCGGAUUCUCAGCAGUUAUGGUUGCUGCAGCAGGUGGUCAUGUUGAGCCUUUUAGGCUUCUUGUUAAUGCCGGAGCUGAUGUCGAAACUUGUAAUAAGUAUGGCGAAACAGCACUAAGUCUAGCAGAAGCAAAUGAAAACAGGGAUUCAUUCGCAAAGGUACUAUCUGCAUAUGCCUAUGCAAAGGGCAAAAGCAAAUCUAACGGAUCGUCUGCUUUACAUCAUGCUGCACGCCUUGGCAACCUGGAUUUAGUUCGAGAAUUGACACAUGAGGGUUGUGAUGUUAACAUUCUUGAUUCUGAUGGCUACACUCCGCUCAUGCUGGCAGCAAGGUCAGGCAAUGCGAGUAUGUGUGAGCUUCUCAUCUCAUGUGGGGCGAAGUUUGAUAUCGAGAAUGCAAGGCAUGAGACUGCACUUUCACUCGCAAGUAAGAAUAAAGAUGGAAGUGAUGCAGAACGUGUGAUAUUAGACGAACUUGCUCGAAGACUUGUACUAAGUGGGGAUCAUGUGAAGAAGCACACAAAGGCGGGAAAAGGGGCACCCCAUGUGAAGGUGCUGAAGAUGGUAGAGACUGCAGGAUUGUUGCGUUGGGGAAAAUCGAGCAAGAGAAACGUUAUCUGUCGAGGAGCUGAGGUCGGUCCAAGCUCAGCAUUCAGAUGGAACCGUCGGAAGAAGCCUGAUGCUGAUGAUCCAGGUGUUUUUCGGGUGGUGACUACAAAGAAUAAGGAAAUCCAUUUUUCUUGCCGUGGGGGAACUGAAAUGGCCAAGCUUUGGGUAAGGGGAAUAAGGCUGGUGACCCGGGAAGCUAUUUUUGGAAGGAAUUCUGGAGAUGUCCACAUAGUGCAUUAGGAUUUUCUUGAAGUAGCAUACAUAUCAUAUAGAGUUCUCUCUGACCAUCAACAGUGAUGUGUGUUUGCAGAAAUCAAAUUGCAUACUCCAUUGUCUACUUAGGCUGGUCCUUCGUAGGGCAGCUUCUCAGAUUUACCAACAUGAAUAUGAUUAUUUGUAGGAAUUCAAGGACAACAUAACAUUUAUGUCUCUGUGA